ACUCAUGCUUAAAAGACUUCCGAGUACACGAACGAUUCACCGCAUGCACAAACGUCGCAAACCACCAUGAACACAGCAGAGCACGGUGCAUUCCAGCAUGGCAAGAGCGCGGGGAUAAAAGACGGAGAAGAUGUUGAGAAAGCUGGAGACGCGCAGGUUAUCGCAGGACACGAUGGUGAACAGAGGGACCUUCCGCCAUUGAAGGCGCUGUCCUUCCUAGAUCGAUUCCUUGUCGUCUGGAUUGUACUUGCUAUGGGAAUUGGGAUUGCGCUUGGGAAUACAGUCGAUUCUAUAGGACCUGCGUUGCAAAAAGGCGAGUUCGUGGGUGUCAGUAUACCCAUAGCAAUUGGACUGCUCGUCAUGAUGUACCCGAUCCUCUGUAAGGUCCGCUACGAAACGCUGCAUCUGCUCUUCAACUCCAAAGAACUCUGGAUCCAAAUCGCAGUCUCAUUUGUCUUGAACUGGAUCAUCGCCCCACUAUUCAUGGUCGGCCUUGCCUGGGCGUUUCUGCCAGACCGCCAGGAUCUGCGCGAGGGGCUAAUCUUCGUGGGCAUUGCGAGAUGCAUUGCCAUGGUACUCAUCUGGACUGAUCUCGCACAGGGCGAUGGCGACUACUGCGCAGUUCUUGUCGCCUUCAACUCGAUACUGCAAAUUAUCCUGUUUGCGCCUUUCGCCGUAUUCUACAUCCAGGUUGUCAGCCAUGGCGAAAAGACGGCCGUCUCAUACCAAGGCGUUGCGAAGAGUGUUGGGGUAUUCCUUGGUAUACCCCUCGGAGCAGCAGUCGUCACUCGGCUGGCUUUAAGGACACUACUUGGAGAAGAACGAUACCAACGGCGCUUCAUCCGAUACAUCGCACCGUUCUCCCUCAUUGGCUUGAUCUACACCAUCAUCGUCCUCUUUGCAAGCCAGGGCGCGCACGUUGUCCGACAGAUCACCGACGUUCUUCGUGUUUGCGCACCGCUACUCAUCUACUUCCUAGUCAUCUUCACAAGCACAGUUUGGUUUUGCUGGAAGAUGGGCUUUGGGUACAAGGUCAGCUGUACGCAAAGUUUUACUGCUGCAAGCAAUAACUUUGAACUCGCUAUCGCGGUAGUGGUAGCCGUGUAUGGCGCUGGCAGUGGACAAGCUCUGGCAAGUACCGUCGGACCUCUGAUUGAAGUCCCGGUCCUUGUACUGCUUGUGUACGUCUUGAAGUGGAUCCGGGCGAGAUGGCAAUGGGCCUAGAAGGCGUGGCAUUGUCCUAUCAAAUGCAUGUCGGUCAGCAUGAGAUUAGCUUCGGACCUAAGGCCACGACUCGAGCCAGAAAUGGAAACCGAAAUGCAGGUAUGAGGGCGGAUCGUCCGGAAAUGGUCUUGGUCCGACAGGUGCCUGCUUUCAAGGGCAGUGACAUCUUGUCAUGGAUUCCUCGCGAGUCCAUGACGGGCAUGACCCGGAAAGGACUUGGUGCGAUUGUAGCUAGUCAUAUCUGGGAUGGGAUGGCUGUGACAGGAUGGCAAAGUAGCGCGAACUGUGUUUAUAGGUUCACUGUGGAUGCCAAGCGCUCUUAAGAGUUGCGCUAUUCUCUCGAAGCCAUAGUGUGCCACGACUUAAUGUUUAGUUUGCUGCAAACCAUUAUUUCGGG